AUGUCAACAGAAACUGCCAAUCUAGCUCAAAUCCAAGAUGAAGAUGUUCUUCGAAAGAUGUGGGCGGACGCCGACGAUUUCGGCAGAAAGAAAGAGAUCCGGACUCACAUGUACAAGCUGCGCGAGGAACGCUUGAAGGAAUUCUAUCGCAGCGCCGAAUCGAACGAGACGAAAACGACGUCGACGUCGGCGUCGACCAAAGCGACGUCCCAGAAGACGACCCAGCAGGAUUCCAUGCACGCCGACGCUUUGGUCGAUCAGAGCUUCGCCAGCUUCAAGAGCAAAGAGGUCAGGGAUUCGGAAUCACCCACCAGGGAUAUACAAUACAAAUUGCCGGAGACCAACGAAUGGCAAACGUCGAUCAGACAAGAGACCAGCCCGGACGGCAGGACCAAAACCGUGGAGGCCACGGCCGGCGUGGAGGGUACCCAAAAAAUCGACGGCGGCCGUGUGGAUUUCGCCGCCAAAACCGCCCGGAUCUCCUCCUCCUACCAAGACGGCAACACCAAAUCCUCCAAGAACGUCUACGCAGCCUCCGAGUCGGCCGUGACGAGGAGCGAACCGCUGGAGAAGGUGGUCACCGAGACCGAAACGUUGCCCGACGGCACCGUCGUCACGACUACUAGAUACAGCGCGUCGGCCGGCGCCAGCAGCAAGAGUACCAGCAGCACCAAGGUGGUACAAUCUAGUACUACUCAAUACGAAGAGGACGGGGGCCAGUACGGUAGGGCUAUUGAAGAGCAAACCAAGAGAAGUAGAGAUUUAGUUGAAGAAAAUGAAGGUAACAAAAUGUCGCAUAUCAUCAGAACUUCUACCGAAGAUAGAGACAUUGCUGGCGCUAGGAAAACUACAACAAGCGAGUUUCCGGCGCAAAUUGUAGAGGAAACUCGCUUUAGAACUAAGAGUCCCUUAAAAGAGGAUUCUAAGUAUACUAAACAUUCUGCGAUAAGCGAGUUUUCCACUCAAAAGAACGAGGAAAUUCGAACCAAAACUUCCAGUCACCAUCAAAAAGAAGAAUCCUCUACCAGGAAAUCCACAAUAAACGAGUUUCCCGUUCAAAACAAAGAGGAAACUUACAUUAUAACUAAGAGUCCGCAAAAAUACGAUUCAAAGUGCACCAAACAAACUGAGUUUUCCACUCAGAAGAACCAAGAAAUUCUCUACCAUCAAAAAGACGAUACAACAACCAAGAAAACCGCAACAAGCGAAUUUCCCGCUCAAAAGAAAGAGGAAACUCCCACCAGAUCUAAGAGUCCCCAAAAGGAGGAUUCCAAGUACACUAAACACACUGCUGUAAGCGAAUUUUCCACUCAAAAGAACGAGGAAAUUCAAUCUAAAACUACCACUCACCAUAAAGAAGACGCAACUACCAAGAAAACAACAAUAAGCGAGUUUCCGGCUCAAAAGAAAGAGGAAACUCCCACCAGGGCUAAGAGUCCCCAAAAAGAGGAUUCCAAAUACACUAAACAUACUACAAUAAGCGAAUUUCCCGCUCAAAAGAAAGAUGAAACCCCCACCAGAACCAGGAGCCCCCAAAAAGCCGACACCACCUACAGAUCGGAUUACACCAACAGAAAAAUCAGCGUGGAAAUGAGCGCAGCUCACGACAAAUUCGCGCGCUCGCUGCGCACCGUCUCCCCCGAUCGCGUCGCCAGGAAACCCUCCUCCUCGUCGCCGGAGAGGUCCAGGCACUUCUCCAGGUUCACCAGCAACGAAACGAUCACCAUCUGCGGCGCCGAUGAGGACGAGGAAGCGGCGAAAUCGAGGAGGAAGAUCACCGACAGGUCGCCGUCUUCGCCGCUGGAGGAGCGGAGGCCGAGCGAGGUGAGGAGGAGCGGGAGCUUCAGGAGCCCCUCGCCGACGAAGAGGGUGCUCAAGAGGACGGAUACCUACGAGGAGAGGUGCAGGGAGAUCUUGGGCAUCGUGGGGCAGAGCGACAGGAGGGGUAGCUUGGAGCGAGCUGGAAAGAGGGGUUCUUUCAGGAAGCAGAGGGACGAUGCUGGAUCUCCUACGAAGAACCAAGGUGGUUCUAAAGAGACAGCGUUUGUGGCUGAUAAAACUAAGGAAAUCACCGAGUUUCCUUCGCAAAGGCGGUUUUCUUCAAAGGAAAAUGUAACCACGGCUACAGUGGAGUAUGUGGAUGAUGUUAAAACCGUUAGUAAAGAUGAUAAAUCCAGGAAAAUAACCGAAUUUCCUUCGCAAAAACGGACUUCCAGCGAAAAUGUAACUGAAGUUUCUUCGCGAACGCGAUUUUCCAACGAAGAAAACGUCAAUAGGGAAGAUACUGAAGAUCGAAACGAUGUUCAGAGACAGGAAAUAACCGAAUUUCCUUCACAAAAGCGAUUUUCUUCAAAAGAAACCAUCACUACAGAAGAUUCGACUACGAGGGAUGUUCAGAGACAGAAAAUAACCAAAUUUCCAUCACAAAGAAAGGAAGAAAAUGUAACUACAACUACAGUGGAGAUUGUAGAUGAUAUUAAAGGUGUCGCUAAAGAUGAUAAAUCACGGAAAAUAACUGAAUUUCCGUCGCAAAAGCGAUUUUCUUCAAAAGAAACCAUCACUACAGAAGAUUCGACUACGAAGGAUGUUCAGAAACAGAAAAUAACCAAAUUUCCUUCACAAAGAAAGGAAGAAAGUGAAACUACAACUACGGUGGAGAUUGUAGAAGAUUUUAAAGGUAUCGCUAAAGAUGAUAAAUCACGGAAAAUAACCGAAUUUCCUUCGCAAAAGCGUUUUUCCUCAAAAGAAACAAUCACUAAAGAAGAUGUAACAACUACGAAGGAUGUUCAGAAACAGAAAAUAACCGAAAUUCCUUCACAAAAACGUAUUUCUUCGAAAGAAAUCCUAACCACAACUACAGUGGAGUUUGUAGAUGAUGUAAAAAGUGUUAAAAAAGAUGAUAAAUCUCGAAAAAUAACCGAAUUUCCGUCACAAAAGCGUCUUCCAUCGAAGGAAAUUCUGACCACAACUACAUCAGAUUUAAUUUCUCAACAGGCUGAGACUGUUAGAGACGUUCAAAAGCAGAAAAUAAAGGAAUUUCCUUCGCAAAAACGUUACUCGCCCAAAGAAAACGUAACUAUCGAGUCUACCGGAGGCUUGCAACAGCAGAAAGUAACGGAAUUUUCGCAGCAAAAGAGAUUUUCAUCGAAGGAAAACGUGAUCACAACGGAGGAUAAGUCCAAAACCGGCAGGAGAAUAACCGAAUUCCCAUCGCAAAAGCGUUUCCCUUCCAAAGAAACCACUACAAAUACCGAAGAAGCGAUCAAAAAAACCAAAAAAGAGCCCACCCCUUCGAAACUGUCGGAGCUUCCAUCGCAAAAACCCAAAAAUACCAAGCCCAAAAUCGAUAAACCGGCCACCAAACGACCGGAUUUAACCGAAUUUCCCGCCCAAAAACGACCCCAAUCCAAGGAAUCCCCCAAACCCCAAACGAACGAAACUACCACCAACAGAACCAGAAUCGAAGAACCCAAAAAACCGAAAAAACCCGACACCAACAGCAAAUUCAUAAAGGCGGAAAAAGGCCAACCGACCGACCCAAAACCCACCAAAAAACCCACCACCACCUCCGAAGAAUUCAUCAAAAGAGAACAACAAUCCACACCAGCCGAGGAACCCCAACGCACCGCGAAAUUCGAACCGAUCAACUACUCCGGCCGAACCCCCGUAGAAGAACCCGUUUGCAUCAAACGAAUCAUCAACACCACAUGCCCCGAAGACGAGCACCACAAGCACCGCAAGAGCACCAAACCCGACCACAUCGUCGUCGACCUCAAGCGCUCCAAAUCCUCCAGAGAACCCACCCCUAACGGCGUCUACCCCGUACCGUCCUCGUCCCCGGAGAACCAGCUACCGAGGCUACCCGACGAGAUCCUCGAACCCGACGACGUCACCGCCAAACCCGCCAAGUUAUCGGAGGUACCGCUCGUCGAGCAAGACGACUUCGAUCAGAUCACCGAGAUCGUCGAUCACCAGGUGAUCACCAAGCGCGACAGAGUCGACAAAACCGACGAGAGCCUGUUCAGUUUGAACAAGAAAAUCGACCUCUUCUCCAGAACCCACCAGAAACCCGCUCCGAAGGACGUCGGGGUGCCCCAAAGGGUGGACAAAUUGGGAGUGGAAGCCCCCGAUCGGCCGAAGAGCCCGCGGUGCAGGUUCAACGAGGACCUGGAGAAGCCGGUGUCGCUGGAGAAUUUGUACGAAACGACGCCGAAGAAGACCAUCCUGAGCCCGGCGGGUAGACUCAGGAGCACCGAGAGCAUCAAAAAGGCCAGGGAACUGUUCGAAAACAUGGCCAAAGAGGGAACCGCCGACGUUAGGGCGACCCGAAGAUCGAGCUGUACGAACGAAAGGGAAAGGUCCAGAUCGAACUCGCCGAAAAAAGACGGCGAAACUCCCGGCAAAGAUGGUACUCCUCAUUAUAUGCUCCCUCUGGAAAAACACAAGCAUACUCCAAAUGAACCGGCUUUCCAUCCACGAUUUCAUCACGAAGCUGUUAAAGAUAAUGAAACUCCACAUUAUAUGCUGCCUUUGGAUAAACACGACAAGCAUACUCCUAUAACUGAUUUAGAUUCUUGUGCGCAACAUCAUCAUGAAACUAUCAAAGAUAAUGAAACUCCUCAUUAUAUGCUGCCUCUCGAAAAACACAAGCAUACUACAAGUGGAUCAAAUUCUCGUCUGCAUCAUCAUCAUGAAACUAUCAAAGAUAACGAAACACCUCAUUAUAUGCUCCCUCUGGAAAAACACAAGCAUACUCCAAAUGAACCGGCUUUUCAUCCACGCUUCCAUCACGAAGCUGUUAAAGAUAAUGAAACUCCUCAUUAUAUGCUUCCAUUGGACAAACACCACGAGCAUACUCCAAUAACUGAUUUAGAUUGUUGUCCACACGCUCACCAUGAAACCAUUAAAGAUAAUGAAACUCCGCAUUAUAUGCUCCCUAUGGAAAAACACAGGCAUACGCCAAAUGAACCAGCUUUUCAUCCACGAUUUCAUCACGAAGCUGCCAAAGAUAAUGAAACUCCGCAUUAUAUGCUCCCUCUGGAGAAACACAAGCAUACGUCGAGUGGAUCCAAUUCUCGUCUGGAACAUCAUCAUGAAACUAUCAAAGAUAAUGAAACUCCGCAUUAUAUGCUCCCUCUGGAGAAACACAAGCAUACGUCGAGUGGAUCCAAUUCUCGUCUGGAACAUCAUCAUGAAACUAUCAAAGAUAAUGAAACUCCGCAUUAUAUGCUGCCUCUGGAGAAACACCACAAGCAUACUCCAGAUAACGCGACCGCUCAUCAGCAUACUCCCCGCAAAGAUUCGGAGGCUAACAAGGAAAACGAAACUCCGCAUUAUAUGCUCCCUCUGGAUAAGCGCAACAAGCCGCAUUAUAUGCAGCCCCUGGAUAGGAGCACUCAUUCUCAGAGCGAAUCGAAAUCGAACAAAUUCGGGGUGACUCUUAGGAAAACUGCGCCGAAAAGCGGCAAUUUGGCCAGCACUGACGUUAGAAUUUCCCUGCAAAAUAGAUUCGGCAAUCUGGAAACGCUGUCGCAGGAAGUGAUCGAGGAGAUAUACGAAAUUGAAGUUCUGGAGCAAUUGCUUCAAAUCGUCUACAAUUACGAAGUACGCAGGGUGAUCAGAACGCAAAUUCGCCUGGUGAGGAAACUAACAUCCGAGAAUCGCCUGGAAAUUUACGUAGAAGAGAAGAAGAGAUCGCGAAGCAUCGAAAGCGAAGAAAAAACGAACAAAACCGCGACGUACACAAGGAAAUCCAGCCCGGAGCGAACCCCCAGCCCCGCGAAGAGCGAUUCUUCCGCCAGGAGCGCCUUCGUCGCGAAGAAAACGAAGGAAAUCGAAGCCAAAAGGACCAAGGACUCGCCUAGGAACGCCGACAAGGACGAGAGAAUCGCGAUCAGGACCAGCGAGAAGCAGGAAUAUAGGAAAACGACUCGUCAAGUUGGCACCGAUUCGAUCACCUCCAGUUAUGGAGUUGGUCCUACUGAUAAAAAUGGCGCUCCUUUAUUCGGUUUGAAGGCUUUGAGGAGCCAACGAGAGGAUAAUACCACCACCAAAGUUCAAGGUACGUUCGUCAGCGGCGAGUACUAUUCGGAGAACGGUCAGGAACCGGUCGGACAGAUCACCGUCACCGAGUACUCGAACGAUCCCAAGGACCUCGGCUCGGACGCGCCCUCUACCGGAAAGGAUUUCAUCACCAGCGUGACUACUACACAGAAAUUCGGCUACGACGACGCCCCCUCGUUGAAGAGUCUCGGCAAACAACAGAGCGGCAGGAAACCGUACGGUCGAGUGGAAAAUACCGAUGGUACAUUGACGAAGGAGAGGAGGAACUCCGUGAAGGCUAUAUCACAAAAGUUCAUCGAUUCAACGGUCGAAUCCCUGAAAAGUGAAAGGCAACCGGCAUAUCCCAAGGCCGGCUUGAUAUUGCGCACGUCCAGUUUCAAAGAUUCGAAAUUAGACGCCACAAAAAGCGACAAUUCCACCGAUGUCGUGACGAGUACCAAAACGAGUACCAGCAGCGGUUCGUUUCUGACCAAUAGAACGGCCGUUUCCGGCGUACAAGACGUCAUUUCCAGGAUGAAAACCGACGAACAUCGAUCAGGUGAUAGCAUCGAAGAUGCCGAAGCUAGGAAUUUGCUGAACAGAUUCUUGGGAUCGCAGGUGCUGUUGACCGGCAUGGAGAGCAUGAAUACCAACGUAAAAACCUCGCCGACCGGUGUUGUUACCAGGAAAACCGUGAAAAUCACCAAAUCCACUAAAGACGGCGAUAAAACGGAAACGAAGUCUUUCGUUUUCCAAGGUCCAAUUACCGAGGAGGAAUUGGAGAAUAUCUGGGAUCAGAAAACCUUAAGGCUUUUACUGGAACAAAGUACUGAUUACGAAGAACGCCGCAUCAUAAGGAACAGAUUAAGGAGAGUCAUGGCAGAACAGGAAGCCUGCGCCGAGCUGGUGCAACAGGCGAGCGGCGACCAGCCGACGACGGCGCGCGCCGACACCACAGAAGAAACAGUCGUCGUGGAAAAGAGCUCGGAAGAAUGUCCCACGACUGCGACCAAAACGCAAGUGACGCGAGUAACAACAACGCAACAGCAAGUGACUAAAAAACCUCUGUCACCUUUCGCGAAAUUCCGGCAACUGGACAAGCAAAACUCACUCAACACCCCACCAAGAACGUCCAAUUAGACAACUUUUCAACGAGCUGGGCGGACGGACUCGCUUUCUGCGCUUUGAUACACCAUUUCCUGCCGGACGCUUUCGACUACCAUGCAUUGACGCCCAAAGAUAGACGACACAACUUCGAACUCGCCUUCAAAGUCGCCAGUGAUAAGGCGGAUAUUUUCCCUCUGUUGGACGUCGACGACAUGGUGGAGGUGCGAAAGCCCGAUUGGAAAUGCGUCUUCACCUACGUGCAGUCGAUUUAUCGGCGAUUCAAGGACGAAGAAAUAUAA